AUGUUUGCUCACCUACCAAUAGGUUUCUACUCUAAUAUGAGAAGUAUCACUGGUGAACGAACAGUACUACACCUCAAGAAGUCUACAUAUGGGACAACUAUUGCUCCAAGGCUAUGGUACAAACAUUUAAUGAAGGCAUUUCACGAGCUUGGAUUUGAAAGCUCCUCCUACGAUAAAUGCUUCCUUAUUCGCAAAGACAUGAUGAUUGUCGUUUAUGUCGACGACUGCGGUAUCAGCACUGACAAACCAGAGAAAAUCGAUGAACUUGUCAACCAGCUGAAAGAAAAGGGAUUUGAUUUGGAGAUUGAAGGCGACUUUGAAACGUUUCUUGGAGUCAAAAUUCGCCAGAUGAAGGAUGGUAGAUACCACCUCCUUCAAGAAGGGCUCAUCAAGAAGGUGCUUGAAGCCGCCAAGAUGACAGACUGCAGUCCCAAUCACGUUCCGGCUGCACCAACCCCACUAGGAAAGGACCCUAACGGAGAACCUUGGUCCCAACAUCCCUGGCGCUACAGCUCAAUUGUUGGGAUGCUAAUCUACCUCUGCACAAAUACUCGCCCAGACAUCAGCUAUGCAGUCUCCUGUGCGGCCCGCUUCAACAGCAAUCCAAAAGUCAGCCAUGCCACUGCCGUCAAGACAAUCCUUUGUUACCUCAAGAAGACAUCCAACAAAGGGUUGAUUGUGAACUUUAAUGGAACUCUUGACCUUGAAGCAUACUGUGAUGCAGAUUUUGCAGGACUGUUCAAAUCUGAGGCUCCAUAUGAUCCAGCAGUGUCUCGGUCUCGUGGCGGAUAUAUCAUUUUCCUUGGAGGAGUUCCUCUCAUUUGGAAAAGCUCGCUCUUAUCGUGCACUACUCUCAGCACUCUCGAGGCUGAAUAUGUUCAACUUUCUUGCUCCAUGACGGUUCUUCUGGGGCUCAAGAAUCUAAUCAAAGAACUUCUUCCACGGCUCCAACUUCCAAACUUGACCGCUUUUGUUCGCUCCAUCAUCUUCGAAGACAAUGCUGGUACACUACUUCUUGCUAUCAGUCAACGAAUCACCAAUCGCACCCGCUAUUUGAGCCAGUUCUAUCAUCAUUUCUGGUCCUUUGUCCAUUGCCCUCAAGAUGGCCCUCCUCAAAACAACCCCAAUGGUCCUUGGCAUGAUGGAAAAAUCAAAGUAUCCAAGAUUACCACUGAUAAGCAACGAGCAGACAUCUUCACUAAAGGUCUGACUCGAGUUCCCUUCAAACGCAACCAAUUCUCCAUCAACGGAUGGUACUCAUUCUCUCUUUGA